GACUAAUUUUGUUUUUGUUUUUAUAAACGAAGAAAUAAAAAAGGAAGCAUCCUUAAAAUCAAUCUCCUAUCCCAUUUCGUUUCUCCUCAUUUUGGUUCACCUUUUUCACAAACCAAAACCCGCUUCAGAAACCUUGUGUCUCCUCCAUUUCUCGCUGUAAAAUCUUUAAAAUGAGAACUCAAAUGUUAAGAUCUGUUCAAUCAGCUGCUAAAAGAAGCAAUCAUGGAACCCGGCAUUAUGCAUCUGCAUCAAAUCCAGAGCGUAAAGUAACCAUUCUCGGUGCUGCUGGUGGGAUUGGACAACCUUUAUCUAUGUUGAUGAAACUGAAUCCUCUUGUUUCCACACUUUCUCUUUAUGAUCUUGCUGGUACUCCUGGUGUUGCUGCGGAUUGUAGCCACAUCAAUACCAGAGCUCAGGUUUUUGGUUAUGCUGAGGAUUCGAAUUUGGGGAAGGCUCUUGAAGGAUCAGAUGUUGUAAUAAUUCCUGCUGGUGUGCCUAGGAAGCCUGGUAUGACACGUGAUGAUCUCUUUAACAUUAACGCUGGCAUUGUGAAAAACCUCUGCACUGCUGUCGCCAAGUACUGUCCUAAUGCUCUUGUCAACAUGAUCAGCAACCCUGUGAACUCAACAGUGCCUAUUGCCUCCGAAGUUUUCAAGAAAGCUGGAACUUAUGAUCCUAAAAGGCUGUUUGGUGUGACUACUCUUGAUGUAGUUAGGGCUAAGACUUUCUAUGCUAAUAAAGCUGGCCUUCCACUUGAAGAGGUCAAUGUGCCUGUUGUUGGAGGACAUGCUGGCAUAACCAUCCUCCCAUUAUUUUCUCAAGCUCACCCACAAGCCAAUCUCUCACAGUCUGACAUUGAGAAACUUACAAAGCGAACACAAGAUGGAGGAACGGAGGUUGUUGAGGCCAAGGCAGGAAAGGGUUCAGCAACAUUGUCGAUGGCUUAUGCUGGAGCACUUUUUGCUGAUGCCUGCUUAAAGGGACUGAAUGGUGUUCCUGAUGUCGUGGAGUGUUCAUUCGUAGAAUCAAAUGUGACUGAACUUCCCUUCUUUGCUUCUAAGGUGAAAUUGGGGAAGAAUGGAGUGGAAGAAAUCUUCGGGUUGGGCACGUUGUCUGAUUUCGAGCAACAGGGUCUGGAAGCACUCAAGUCUGAGCUCAAAUCAUCCAUUGAAAAGGGUAUUGAUUUUGCAAACAAGAACUGAGAAUCUUUCUUGAUAUAAUGAGUUCCAACUUUUAGGAAUUGAACUUAAUAAUAAUGUUAGUUCCGGCAUCUGGCACCUGUAAUUGCCAAUUUCUACGUUGUACCUUUAGGACACUAUUGCUCAAAGUUUUGCAUCGCUUGGAUUCAAAUGUCAAUAAGAUACAAUUUUGUGGUAUACAUUAUUAUACCACAUGGUUAUUAUUUAUUUAUUUGAAGUUGCAAAUAA